CGUUUUCCCUUCAUCUCUAGAUUCUCAUGUAGCUUUCAUAUAUUCAAUUUUUGAAUAUAGGACAGCACUUCUAACUUCUUCUUUCUCCUCUAUAUUAACCUCUUGACCUUCCAUUAAAGCUUCACAUCAACCAAAUACUUGCUGGUACCUCUUGUUUUCUUUUCCCUGUCAAUUCUUUAAUUUCUUGUAGAAUUCCAAUGGAGAAAGCUCAGUGCUUGAUGUGGAUGAAGAGGAGGCAAUUCUUGAAUUCGAAUUUUGAAGUGUGGAAGAACCUGAUCAGCUAUUCUUGGGAAGAGAAAGCUUUUGCUGAAGAUGCUUCUAGGACUCUUGGCGGAUGCAUGUGGCCUCCAAGAUCUUAUUCUUGUAGCUUCUGCAAAAGAGAAUUCAGGUCAGCUCAAGCCCUAGGUGGUCACAUGAAUGUCCAUAGAAGGGAUAGAGCUAGGCUUAAGCAAUCUCUUAUUCCUCAAAAAGAUGUUCUUCAUCAUCAGUAUCAAAAUCAUACUCAAAAUCCUCUUAAAUCAUUUGAUUCACGUUACCCAUCCGAGGUUUGUAAUUUAGAUUAUGACCUUGACCCCAACCCUGGCUUUAGUAUUGUUGCUUCAACUCUAACAUCUUCUAGGGUUUCAGCUUUGUCCCUUCAAAGUGAUCACACGUUCAUGUCUCCCCAUCCUUAUUCCAUUAUUGAAGAAAAACAUAAGGUGUCAGAUUCUUUAGGAGUAAGGCUUCUUGAGAUUUCACAUUCAAAACCUCAAGAAGUGAAGAAUCCAAGGGAAGAAGAUUCCACAAGCUUGACACAUGAUGACUUUGUCCAAACAGAUUUUUUUAUGGGCUUCAAUUCUUUUAUUAGCAGAAAUCCACCAACUGGUUGUUAUGGUGAUAUUAGUUGUAAAAGGCCUAAAACCAAUGCCUUCUCGAUGAUUAAGCCACGCUCAAGUGAUAGACACACUCACCAGCCAGAGGUAAUUGAGCCUCAAUCUAGCUCCAUGGAAGACAUAGAUCUUGAGCUCAGACUUGGCAGGCCACCAAAGGUGAAGUAGUAGAGCAGUGCAUGCAAUUGCUUACAUCUUUAAUAACAAGAAAGAAAAUUAAUAGUUAUCUUAAUUUGUUUCUUGUUUUCUUUCCCUUAUCUAGUUUCCCCUAGUUUGAUCUAAUGAAUUACAGGCAAAGGCCUCUGCUAAGAUCUUGUACAAAUAUUUGAAAAGUAGAAGGAAAAGCUUUUUCUUUAAA